AUGGCCACGGUGGUCCUCCGCGCCAUCGCCACCGCCAACGACAUCCACUUCCACCCCUCCUCCCCGCCUGUCGCGUCCUCCUCCACGCCGCCAAGUCCCACAAACCGCGGCCUCCCCCCCAUCUCGCCCAAGGGCAAAGAACGGCCCCUCCCGCCGCUCCCAAUCCCGUCAAAGGAGUCCCUUCCAGGGCGCGCCGCAUCACCUGGCCCCAGCGUAUUAUCAUCCAGGACGCUGGGCAAGUCACCCGAGGCAGGGCCCUCGCGGUCUCGUCCUCUCUCGCUCUCAUGGUCCUUCGCCUCCCGCCGCACGCUUGGCCGGGCACUCAAGCAGCCACGCGUUCUCGCAUGUCUCCUCGACGUCUCCAGCUGGGGAGACAUCCACGCGCUCCUCAGUACGUGUAAAGAGUUCCGACAUGGCCUAUUGCGCGAUCCGGGAUGCAGAGAGGUGCUUUUGUCGUUCUAUGUGCCUGGGUACAGCUUCGCAGCACACACUGCGGACAUGCAGCAGGUCCGCGGGGUCAAAGCCGACUUCCAUGACCUCACACUCCUCGUCCAAUCGCAGUUUCUCCCGCUGCACAAGUACCCGAUGCUCUCCCUGUCCAUUCUCAGCCGCCUAUCGCAGAAUGUGGACCAGUUCGAGCUCUACCAAGCUACAGAGAGAUAUGUCUCCCUCACCCAGGCGCACUCCCGCCUCGUGCUGUUGCUCCAGGCACUGGUCCACAGCGCUCCAACAUCGUCCUUAGCCGAUGACUUUGACGACAACAUGAACUUGCUUGCGCCACAGGGUACAAGGGUAGCGCAGUUCGCCGGCAUGCGCGAGCUCGUCUUCCCUGCUCCACUGGCCUACUGCGAACCGGGCGACCAAGGUUCGACCGAGACACUGCCCAGCAUCGCGUUCGGACACAGGCGCGCGUCGACGCAGCUGUCAGGCACCGGACAACCAUCUACUCGCGCGCUCUCCUUGAGUCCCGCCCGCGCGUCCGGGGACUUCCAUGCGCUGCUCGGCCGUGGCGGCCGGCCGGUGCGCAAAGGCAAGGUCCCACGCAAGUCAAUCUUCGGCGGCCCGAGGGUGCCCCCACCCCCGCCCGCGGCGGAGCCGAUCGCGAGCCAGUACGUCAAGGGCUGGGCGCGCGUGUCUCAGCAGGUGCGCCAGUCGCCGCCGGGCGCCUGGGACCAGCAGCGACGCCGCACGGGCGUGACGUCUGUGUCGGAGGACGACCUCAAGGCGCCGAAGCGACGGUUCACGUCGACGACGGUGUCGAGCGAGUCAAGUCUCGUCGGUCCGUCGAGCAGCAGGAGCCAGACAGAACCGUCGGGGUCGAGCGACAGCACAUUUUCACCGCGCGCGAGCUCAAGAGAGUCAAGACCGCUGCCACCUCCACCACCUACGGUCGCAGUACCGAGGGGAACGUCUCCGCAUGACCUCUACCUCGCGACGUCGCGCACGCGCGCGCCUGUCUUGCGCACGUUCGUGCCGUGCACGGUCCUAGACGACAACGCGGUCGCGGCGUGCGAGGAGCAGCUCAUGGACGCGGGCCUCUGGGAGCACCUCUCCGUCGGGGACGUCGUCUGCAACUUUGGGUACGUCCCGCCCGUCCCGGAACACGGCGAUGGCGACGCGGAGCCCAAGCAGGAGUGGCUCCUCUUCGACGGCUCGGGGCUCGCGCCAUACGCGCCGCCCGCCCCGCCCCCGCUCGAGGACCCGCUCUCGCUCCCCUCGCCGUUCUACUACGCGCACAUCCUCCCGCCCUGGUCGAACCCACACCACGUCCUCUCCCUCCCCGCGCUCCCGCGCGGCAUGCGGCCCGACUCCCACACCCCCGCGCACGCGCGCGUCGGCCGCCCCGGGCGCGCGCUGAGCCACGCGGACGUGCAGCUCACGCUGACGUACGUGCCCACGCGCGUGCGCAGCCCGCACUCGCCGCAGGGCUACGCGGUCGUGCGCAAGUUCGUGUGGAUCGCGCGCCUGCCGUACGUCGGCCCCGGCACGGACGGCGGCGCGGGCCUCGGGCCCGGCUGGCAGGGCGAGUGGAUGCUCGAGGGCGAGGGGACGCGGGAGGGCCGCCAGAGCCUGCUCGACGCGCUGAGCGAUGGCCCGGACGGGUCGGGGUUGACGAGGAGGGGCAAGUGGGAGGUCGUCCGGGACAAGUCUGGGAACGGGCGAUUGUGGAUGAAGUGA